CUUUUGUAAGCAUAAAAUUACAAUCAGAACAUUUGUUGGAUUUUGUGGAAAUAUUUACAUUGAAUCGUUCGGGUAAUUACAUGUUUCGUGAUAUGAUUUCGACACAGCAACAAAUCUUGAGAAAUCGUCGACGUAUGUCCGCGCUAACAACGCUACAGCAGAGAAUCGCAGCAAAUAGUGCGCGUUCAGAUCGAUUUCAUAACGUCAAAAAGCAAACUCAAACUUUGCGUGAGUUUUUCGAGGAUUUACAAGUGGAGGAAAAUCGUAUAAAACGUGAAAUUUUAAAAAUUGCACAAAAAAUUAAAAGGCUGGAAAAAGUCACCGUGGAAGAUGCGGAAGAUUGUCAAAGCGCACGGAAGGGAGCCAGAAAUUCUUAACUUUUUUUACGAAAAUUUUAAAUAUAUGCACAGUAGUUGUGUAUGUAUUGGUACGAAAUAAAAUUAUAGCUUAACUAA